AUGUUAUAAUAAUCAGAUAAGGACUUCACUCUUGAAUAAGUUGUAGGUACAGGAACAUUUGGAAUGGUGUAUUUGGUAAAUAUGGUAAAGGAUGAACUAGGCGACUGAUAACAGGACUAAAGAGAAGGUAGCAAUAAAGAAGGUGUACCAAGAUCGUAGAUAUAAGAAUAGGGAGCACCUCAUUAUUCAAGAAUUGAACCAUCCAUGUGUAGUAAUGUUAAAACACUCCUUUUUCACACCAGGGGAAAAUGUACAUAAUCUACAUUCAUUAAUUAGCCAUAAGAUGUGUACCUCAAUCUAGUUAUGGAAUAUGUACCAGAGACAUUAUCAAAAAUGAUUAGACAAAUGAGAAAAUAGAAGUAAAGCAUUCCUGCUCCAUUAAUAAAGCUUUACAGUUACUAGAUGAUUCGGGCAUUACUUUAUUUAUAGGGUAUUAGAGAAAAAUAAUCACUCUAGCGAUUGGCAUUUGUCAUAGAGAUAUUAAGCCUUAGAAUAUCUUGGUUAAUUUAGAAAACAAUGUUUUAAAAAUAUGCGAUUUUGGCUCUGCUAAAAGACUUGUAGUUGGAGAACCCAAUAUUGCAUACAUUUGUUCACGUUAUUAUAGAGCUCCUGAAUUAAUAUUUGGAGCAACAGAUUAUAAUACUUAAAUUGAUAUGUGGUCUAUUGGUUGUGUAAUUGCCGAAAUGGUGAUUCUUGAACCUUUAUUUCCUGGAGAAAGUGCUUAAGAUUAAUUACUUUAAAUUAUUAAGAUACUAAGUACUCCUACUCCUGAAGACAUUAAUCAUAUGAAUCCUGCUAAGGCUGAAGUCAGAUUACCUAUGAUAAGAGGGAAUCCUUGGACAAAAGUUUUUGCUAAAUAAAAACCAGAACCACUCUUUUUAGAUCUUAUUACAUAAAUGCUUACGUAUUUAAUCUAACAUUUAUUAUUAUAGCUAUUCCCCAAAAACAAGAAUAUAACCUAUUGAUGCACUUCUCCAUCCAUAUUUUGAUGACCUCAGAAAAGAGGGAUUCUCCAAUUAAAAUUUUAAGACACCUAAUCUUUUCGACUUCAAUAAAUAAGAACUAAGCAUAAAACCAGAACUCUAUUCCAAAUUAGUUCCAUUAUGGUAUUAAAAGCUAAAUAAAUAAUGA